AUGACUUGGCCAUCAUUACCAGCCCGGGCAGGCUAUCUGGCGCUGAAAAACAGCAGUCGUCGAAACGCAUUGUCUCUAGCUGUUCUGAAAGAUCUCCGGGACCAACUCCAUGCUCACAACAGGUCACCAGUGGAUGGCAGGCUGAGGUUCCUACCUUCAUUUAAACCCCAGGUUCUUGCGCAACUCGAGACUGCUGCCGACGACGUUACAUCUGACGCCGGGAAAGAAUAUGGCUGGCUCCUACAUUCGAGCGAAUGGUCCAAACAUCGCCGGGGACUGCCGAAUGUAAUUGUGUUACGCAGUGAAGGCCCAGUGUUUUCAUCGGGGCACGAUCUAGGCAAACUACGGACUAUGGGCCACGACGAGGUCAAACAGACCUUUGCAUUGUGUGCAGAGGUCAUGUCCCUGAUUCGAAGGUCUCCUGCGCCAGUCAUCGGUGUCAUUCAGGGUCUGGCCACAGCAGCUGGAGCACAGUUAGCUUUCACGACAGAUCUGCCCGUUGCGUGUGCCUCUACUCAGUUCCGACUGCCAGGGGCCUCGAUCGGAUUGCCUUGUACGUCGCCGUCCACCGCUGUGUCUCGCAAGCUGGGGAAUGCGUUCACGUACAAGAUGUUGGCUUUGGCAGAACCGGUGCGGGCAGAUCAGCUCCCCGGUGGAGCAGUUGAGGUCGUGGCAGAUGAGGCGGCGCUUGAGAGAAGGGUAGUAGACAUGGUCAGCAAGCUGUCAGAAAAGACUGCAGGGCAACCUCAGGCAUUAGGGAAAUGGGGAUACUGGACACAACUGUCGCUAAACGGUGGGGAGGCAGGCGGCGCAGGAGGCGAUGGAUACGAAGAUGCGGUGGCGUGGGCGGGGAGGUUGAUGGCACUACAUGCCAGAUCGGACGAUGCGAGGGAGGGUAUCGGCGCCUUUUUCGAGAAGCGCGCUCCUGAAUGGAAGACAUGA